CUUGGCUGAUACCGACUUACGGAGACCGAGUCCGUCAGUAAUGUGCGCUUGCACGUUUGUGAACAGUGUGUACUGGUGAAACGCGGUAAUGCUGUACGCGAACGUCGAUAUUAUUUAUAAAAAAACCGCGUUUUUUUCAUUUUUUUCGCGUAAUUCUUAGUAUACGAUAAUUUAUUCGAGUGUUUAUCGCGGUUCGCAAAAAUGCCGAUUGUUAAAUUCUCGAUUGGAUGGUUUAUACUGCCGGUGUUCUUGGUCACAUCGUGGGAUGUUGCUGUGAUAACAAACGAAGAUAUCCAGUUUCUUCAACAGGGUAAUUUUGUCAGUAUAGCCAGCCAGCAUUUGAAAGAUCUCGCAUCCGGAUCGUACGAUCCGGUCCGUGGUGAUCUUUACGUUAGUGAUAGUAAUCAUCAAAAUGCCAGCGUAUUUAAAAUAAGCACAUUUAAUUCGAAUUACGAUACUGGAUUCAUUCCUAUAGCUUCUAAGCAACAAUCCAUCGUCGAAGGUAUCGUUUUCGAUCCAGUCAACAGUGCAUUAUUUUGGAGCACCGGACAUGGGCGCACAAUAAAUAAACUCAACGUUAAUCAUACGGUCGAUUCAAAAAAUACUCAAUCUGGGGUUAUACUUCAUAGCUUCGCGGAUGAAAUUCCUCUAGGCAUAGCAGUCGAUAGCUGUCGACAAUAUCUAUAUUGGACGAAUUGUAAUAUACUGAAACCGAGCAUAGAACGAUCGCGAACCGAUGGAUCAGAUCGUGAAGCCAUCAUCACCAAAGAUCUCAGUCAGCCUUUAGGUAUAGUUGUCGAUCAACAAGCCAAACUAAUAUAUUGGACUGAUGGCAGAGAGGGCAUAUACUUCAGCAUCGAACGCAGCGAUCUCAAUGGUGGUAAUCGCCUUAUUAUUUAUCACGGUACCGAUCACGAUGAACCUCGGGCUAUCACGUUAGCCGGAAAUUUCAUUUACUGGAUCGAACGAACUGAACGAAAUCUUUGGGCUUUGCCGAAAAAUAAGACUACCUCAGAUGCUCCUCAACAAGUACAGAAAUUCGGAUCAAAAAUUCCUAUCGGUGUGAUAUCCAAUACGCUUUACAUAGAUACCGAUCCGAACGAAUGCCAGUUGCCGGAUCAGCUUAGAGAAAAAAUCGAGAAAAACUACAAAUAUUCCCAAAAGCUCAACCUGCACGGAACCAUACACGAUCUCACAAUUAUCAGCGAAUCCACUUCAUCUUCCAAUGGAAAUGGUUUCUGUCUGAACAACGGCACAACAGUCGCCAACGGUUGCAAAUGUCGUAGAGGCUACAGUGGUCCAAGAUGCGAGAUUUCUGUCUGCCACAACUAUUGUAUUCGCGGCAGUUGCAAAGUUGACCAAGACUCGAAUCCGAAUUGCUAUUGCCCGACUGGAUAUUCGGGAUCACGUUGUGAAAUCGAUAAAUGUCACGGGAUGUGCUUGAAUAGUGGCUCGUGUAUUGUUAACGAAGUUAACCAAGUCACUUGCGUUUGCAAAUCGGGUUACUCGGGUGAUCGUUGCGAAUUUCUGAAUGAUGUGAAGAAUGAAUUAUGCAAAACGUAUUGCCAGUUCAGCGAGUCGAACGGCGUUCGGAUGCAGAGUUCAACUUCAGCAUAUGGAGAUGAUACCGGUGUUGAUUCUGUCGAUGGACAGGCUCGUACUUUGAUGAAUUUGUGUAGUUGUUCGGAAGAGAAUAAACUUUCUUCGGUUAGCGACCGUCUAGAAAGGCUGGCCGAUGAGGCGGAUUCGCGUAAUCAAAAUCAGCAUAUAGUUCCCGAGCUUAGCAGUCGAUUAAAUGUGUUAGUAACGUCGACGCUGGCCAUCCUAUGUAUAAUCUUAGUCAUAUCUGUGAUCUACCUCAGCACUAAAGUUUACGUUCUAAGGAAAAGGCCUCGUAUCAGGAAACGUAUCGUGGUUAAUAAACCCUUAGCACCGAUCACCUGUAGACCUCAGUCACCGCCGGAUCAGUGCGAAAUAACCAUCGAGAACUGCUGUAAUAUGAACAUUUGCGAAACAGUGAGUUCUUAUGUUGUCUAGUUCCUUGUUUCGAACCAGAUUUUAGAUCGAGUAAAGCUACUUUCAAGAAAAGUAGAAGCGAAGAUAAAAAGAUGCUAAUUAAUAAUAGCAGUCAAGAUGAAGAGAACUAUUGACAAAGUCACUAUUUUUUAAUAAGUUAUUUAUUUUUAUCGACGUCGCGUCGUAACUUGUGAUAGAAACAAAGUAUUUGUUGUUUUUUUUAUAUAUUUUACAUUAUCUAUGUAUCGUAAUUGUUUUUGUUUUGUUACGAGUACUUAAGAAGAAAAAUGAAAAUCCCGACUCGAGUUUUUUUCUAAGUAGUGUAAUGUAUUUUAUUUAUUCGAUGAGUUACGCAAAGCCAGUAGGAGCUUUAUGUGUUUUGAUGUGUCUUUCAAGUUCCUUCAUUUUGUUCUUAUUUUUUGUCAUUUUUAAAUUUUAAUUUUCUGUAAAGAUAGAACGCGUAAUAGUCAUUUUAUGUUUUUAAUGAAAUUACAUUACCAAUUUUUAUAAAUGCGUUAUUUCCAUUCUA